AUGCGAUUCUUCUCCUCUACAAUCGCAUCCAAUUUGUCUUGGUCAAAAUCAGCGACACGUCUAUCCAUCCUCUACCUCAAUUCUCCGAAGAUGGUUUCCAAAGACAUCGAGCCCUGCGGCAGCUGGAGUGGAGACUUCACUUGGGAUGGCUACUUCAUGCGGAUGCACAUGAAAACUGUGACCCGAAAGUACGACAUGCACGAUCCCCGCACAUGGCCUUUGGUGCGUGCAACCAUUUCGACGGAGACGGGUAUAGACUAUGGGCGAAGCAAAGUUCCUCCCGAGUAUCUAGUGUACGAACAGGCGCUCAUGAAAGAUAACGACCAGUAUCGACCUCUCCAAGGUCAACGCAAGAAGUAUAGUUGCGGCGAUGAAACAAAAGGGUCGAUGGUGAACCUCUUCCGUUACUGGCCGUUCAACUACAACCUUAAAGGCGAACUGAGAGGAUAUCCGCAUAUACCACCUGAAGAAUUCGAGGAAUGGGUGAGUCACUACGGUCGUGGCGUACGUACUACAACAGAAGAGAUGGAUGUCAAGAAAACAGUCGAUAGCGCAACCCUGGACGCGACUACCGAUACUGACUCAUCUGAGGAAGCUAUCAAUGAUAUCAUGAAGAUGCUGGACAGCACAGACACAGUAGCCUCCAGCAGAGUAACCGAACUGGAAGAAGAACUCGACAAGACCAGGAAAGAGAGCUUGGAGGCAAAUCUCAGAGCGGGUCGCGCGACAAAGCACGCUGCUGUGAUAAGAGACAGAUACACAGUUUCGGUCCGAAAGUUCUCCACACAGGUCCGCGAACAGCUUGAUGUGUACAAUAAACACUAUCGCAACUUCGUUUGCCAAGAGCGCACCAACCUUAGCAACUCAAAGAAACUGUUGGCGACUAUGACAUCGAAAUACGAGGAAACGAAGACAAGAGCGGAGGAUGCAGAAAAAGCCAGCGAGGAGCUCGGAGAAGCUACAGCUAACCAUGAGAAAGACUUGGAGAAGAGCAGGAAAGAGAUCGAAAGACUCGAGGCUGAAGUCAAGCAAAGCAAUGAGAAUAUCGCGACAGCACAGCGAGAGACGGUCGCAGCAAAGCAGGAAGCACUUAUGGCUAAACAACAGAUCUUGAAGAUUCGAGAAGAACUGACGAAGAAGAUGUGGGGUACAGAUCUCCUAAAGAGGAAAGCGGGAGAGGACCUGGCGAAAACACCGCGAAAGAAGCCAAAGAAGGAGGUUUGA